AUGACUGAUCAAAAUUCAAUUAUAGCAGAAGUAAGAGCACUUCUAGCAACUUCACAACCAGACAAAGCAUUACAAAUACUAUCACCACACAUUAACGAAAACCAAAAUUCAAUUGACUUUUUACAAAUUCUAGGUGAAACAUUACUAGAAAAUAAUGAUUUAGAGCAAGCUUAUAACGUAUUGACAAAAGCUUGUGAAUUGGACCCCACUGCUGAAAAUGGGAUAGAGAAGUUUUUAUAUUUAGGACAAAUUAUUGGUGGAUUUGAUGGAUUAAAUUAUAUAAAUAUUGGAUUGAAUAAAUUACAAGAUACAAUGAAUAAAUUAGAAAAUAACGAAAUUACAAAUGAAGAAUUGCAAUCAAAAAAUUACAACAACAACGAGGAGUAUAUAAAAUGGAUAAUAAACAAAAUAAAUUCAGGUAUAUUUGCAAGUAUAGAGAUAUGGAUGACAGAUUUAUGUAUGGAACCAGAAGCAGAAUCUAAAUGUAAUGAAUUAAUAGAAACAAGUUUAAAAAUCGACCCUAAAAACCCGGAAACUUUCUCACAAUUAUCAUCAAUUAGAAUAUCACAACAAUUAAAACCAGAAGCUAUUGAAGCAUUAAUACAUUCGUGGGAUUUAUUUAAAUUAAAAAAAACAAAAUUAGAAGAUUUUGCUAAUGAGAAAACAACACAAGGAGAAGAUAAUUUUGAAAUUGGUAUGGAAUAUGUUGAAUUGAUUCAACCUUUAAUUACAUUAUCUAAAUUUGCUAUUGAAUUGGAACAAUAUGAUAUAGCUACUGAAAUCAUUCAAAAUAUUUCUGAUAUAAAUGAUACUAUAUUGGAUGCUUAUUAUAUUGAAUCAUUAUCUAGUAUAUUAAAAGCCAAACAACUCGCAUUAAAAGAAUUAAACCUAUCAGAAGAUCAAGAUUAUAGAGACAUAUCAAUAUCACAAUUAAGUCAAUCUCAAAAUGAAGAAAUCAAACAAUUGUUGUCAGAAGCAAGAAGUACAUUAACAUCAGCAUAUAAAAUCAUAAAUAGCGAACAAGUAGAAGAAUGUGAUCCAUUAGUCGUUGAACAAAUUAAUGAAAUGUUACAAGAAUUAGGUGGACCAAUAAUUAGUGAGUUGAUGCCGAAAAAGGAUAAACAUGAUGAAAUUGAUGAAAAUUGGGAAAAUGAAAUUGUUUCUGACGAAGAAUAA